AUGGCUUCUUGGAAAUCGUUCUCGGUUCCGUCGUUUCGGCUGACGCAGCUCGCUCAAGAUGCAUAUGAACUGCCCCUACAAACACUCGCCAACACCCAUGAAUCGCACCCAUCCAUCGGGCAUCUUUGCCUUCUCGUGUUCGAGGCUGUCCUUGAAGUAGUAUGUGUCAGUCUACCUGGCUACAUCGUUGCGCGUCUUGGCCACUUCGAUGCCGAGAAGCAGAAAUUCUUGGCAAAUCUAAAUGUGAUGCUAUUCACGCCAUGCUUGAUUUUCACCAAGCUCGCCUCCCAGCUCAACGCUGAGAAGCUAUCCGAUCUCGCCAUCAUCCCGGUAAUCUUCGUCGUCCAAACGUUUGUAUCAUGGGUUGUAUCAUAUGUCGUCGCAAAGUUGUUCCGAUUCAACAGGAGGGCAUCCAACUUCGUUACAGCGAUGGGUGUAUUCGGAAACUCCAACUCGUUACCCAUCUCCCUUGUUUUGUCACUCUCUCAAACGCUGAAAGGUCUGCAUUGGGACAAAGUUCCUGGCGAUAACGAUGACGAAGUUGGCGCGCGUGGUAUCCUUUAUCUCCUCAUCUUCCAGCAGCUUGGUCAGCUCGUUCGCUGGAGUUGGGGUUACCAUGUCCUUCUUGCCCCUAAGGAUAAAUACCCCGAGUACCGCGAGGAGAUUGCCGAGGAAGGUCAGCGUUAUCACGAUGAUGAGAAUCAGGAUGACUACCAGAGUGCGGCUCUGAUUGAUGGCCUUGACGGAGAAACAGAGGACGAGGGAGACAGCCACAGCAUCGACUCGCAAAAUUAUGAUCCUGCUGGCCGUACCCCUGUGGCAAAUGCCUCACGAGUUUCACUGGCAGUCUCUAGCGACGACGAAUAUCUGCCCAAAAAGCCGCAUUUCAAGAAUAACCAAGAACAACCGAAUGUUGUUGCUCCCCUUAAUGGAAAUGAAGGUAGCAUGGAUUCCUUCCCCCGUGUCCCGGCAUUGGAGGAUCAGGAAGAGCCCAUUGGCAUCGCGGACCGGACUAAAUCUGCCAUUAAAUCGCCCUUCAUCCGUUUCAGAAAGGCAACAUCCCAAACCCUCGGCAAGUGGUACCAGAAGUCUCCAGCUCCUGUCAAAUCUUGCUUGAAAUUUUCGAAGCGUGUGGCCGGGAAAUUCAACAACUUCAUCUGGGAAUUCAUGAACCCCCCCCUCUGGGCCAUGUUGAUUGCCAUCCUCGUUGCCUCUAUCCCGGCUCUUCAACGACUCUUCUUUGAGGAGGGCUCUUUCGUCCAGAAUAGUGUGACCAACGCCGUUCGCUCUAGCGGAGAUGUCGCUGUCCCACUGAUCCUCGUUGUUCUCGGCGCCAAUCUUGCUCGUAAUACCAUGGCUAAAGACGAGGCUUUAGACCCUGAGGAAGAGCGCAUCGGAAACAAACUUCUUAUUGCCUCCCUUCUUUGCCGUAUGGUUCUACCGACUGCCAUCAUGGCUCCUAUGCUUGCGCUCAUGGCCAAAUAUGUACCCGUUAGCAUUCUUGACGAUCCAAUUUUUGUUAUCGUUUGUUUCUUGCUCACAGGAGCUCCCAGCGCCCUCCAGCUUGCUCAAAUUUGUCAAAUCAACAGUGUGUUUGAGAAGACAAUGGGCAGAAUCCUGUUCCAGAGCUAUGUCAUCUGGAUUCUUCCCUCUACUCUCAUUUUGGUAAUGGUGGCCCUUGAGGUUGUUGAGUGGGCUCGAUGA